AGUCAACUAAAUGUGGAAUGCAAAAAGUCGGAGGGGUCCGUGAACGCAUUUUUGAGUGACACUCCAGCAGCCUAAUCCAGAGAGUGAGGAUGCAGAGCGGCGCUCUAGGUCGAUCCAGCGACCUUUAACUUCUAAUUUCAGGGCUGACUGGAGAAACCCCGCCGAACUUUGUCCCUGAACGCUUCAGAUCCCGCAUUUUCAGUGCCAGCUGUGGGUUUCAUCGGCACCGUCUUCCUCCUGUACCGGACUUUAGUAGACGUUACGUGGGGACAAUGGAAUCCAACAUUAUCCCGGACAGUAUCCGCCCUCAGAGGCUGCAGCCGGGGAUUGGCUUCGGAUCGGGACCGACGGGGACCCUCCGCUCCUCCUCUCUCCGACCCGGAGUCACGGUCCCUGUCGCGCCGCUACUUCCCUCCCCGGCCUCGCUGUCCGCUUCGUCCGGGCCUCCUCCUCCUCCGCCGCCCCUGCAGCUCCACAGCCUGUACGGAGGAGUGGGAGCGGGGCUGGGGCCGGGGGCCGGCGGCCACUGCAACCCGGGGAACCCGGCGGUGCUGAAGGAGGCGGUGGAGGCGGUGGUCCGCAGCUUCGCCAAACACACGCAGGGCUACGGCAGAGUGAACGUGGUGGAAGCGCUGCAGGAGUUCUGGCAAAUGAAGCUGACCAGAGGGGCCGACUUGAGGAACGGCGCUCUGGUCGUUUAUGAAAUGGUCCCGUCAAACAGCCCGCCGUACGUCUGCUACGUCAGCCUUCCAGGCGGCAGCUGCUUCGGGAGCUUCCAGUUCUGUCCAACCAAGGCGGAGGCGAGGCGCAGCGCCGCCAAGAUCGCCCUCAUGAACUCGGUCUUUAACGAGCACCCCUCCCGUCGGAUUACAGAUGACUUUAUUGAGAAGAGUGUGAAUGAAGCGCUGGCCUCCUUCAACGGGAACCGAGAAGAGGCCGAUAAUCCCAACACCGGGAUUGGGGCGUUCCGCUUCAUGCUGGAGUCCAACAAAGGAAAAUCCAUGCUGGAGUUCCAGGAGCUGAUGACUGUGUUCCAGCUGCUGCACUGGAACGGGAGCCUCAAAGCCAUGAGAGAGCGACAGUGUUCCCGACAGGAGGUGCUGGCUCACUACUCCCACCGGGCCUUGGACGACGACAUGCGCACCCAGAUGGCGGCGGACUGGGUGAACCGGGAGCAGAGCGUGGCGGGAACCAUCGCUCAGGAGCUGGCCUCAACGGAGCGGGAGCUGGAGGACGCCAGGCUGGCAGGCAGAGAACUGCGGUUUUACAAAGAAAAGAAGGACAUCCUGAUGUUGGCUGUGGGUCAGCUCAGUGCCGCCAACGCCGCCACUCUGCCAUCGCACUAAAACACAACCGCCUCGCCACGGCGAAGGACCCCUGGUAACAGUGUUGAUCACUUUCUAAGAUGUGUUUUGUAAUGAGGAUCAGGAAAUCAAGCUUCAGCUCAUGCUUUGUUUAUGAAAGAAAACACUUGUUACUGAACUCGUUGUGCCUAGUAACCACAGGCUGCUUUUUUUUUUAUUAUUUGCCUGUAAAACUUGGCAUUGCAUCAGAGUAUGAACAGGGCUUUUUUUCCCCUCUUUUGUUGUCUGUUGUGUUACAUUUGUUUCUGGUUUUGGAUUUGAUGGGGGAAAUAUUACCGGGGGGGGAGGGGAGGAAGAAAUUAGAUGCAAAAAGUCACAAGUAUCAGUGAGAUUACCCUGAACCUUCUUUAUGGACGUUUUUAGUGAAAUAGUGAAAAUUGAUUCAAUUUAGUUGAAUUUUAAAUUCCUUUUUGUGCUUUGGAUUGUCUUUUGGGAAAGAAACUUUUAUUAAUCUUGUAUUAUUUCACAAGUUGGAGGUGUUAAAAUGUUGUUUCAGAAAAAAAAAAGCAAUUUUAAGUUAAUCUCUCUUCUGCUACAAAUGCAGUUAAAUAAUUCAAAACUCACUACAGUUACAACAGGCCGUGGUGUGACUUUAUAUAUAAUGCAGAGAGUAGCUAUUAUAAAAGUAUUAUUGAUCAUGUUUUAUUAUUAUUAUUAUUAUAGAAAGGAGCUUAUUUUACUGUGUUUCACACUCUGGUGGCUGAGCAGUGAAAACUUCCACCAAGUUUGAACAUUUUUACUCGUUUAGAGCACAAACCCUGGGAUAGAGUUUGUAAUUCAUGCCCUGAAUUCACUGUUUCCUAUUGCAAUCUGGAGCAGCCUCUCCCAGUGUGGAAGGAAGUUUGAGUGUUGCAACAGGAAGUUAACAGAUUUAGCAGGCAAUACGUGUCUAAUAGUGGUUCCAGUGGUCCUGCUAAGGUUGAGUGAUCAUGUUAGCACCAAUGUCAUGUCUCAAUCAAAGGUAGACGAAGACCAGCCCAAUGGAGAUCGAGAGUUCAGGGUAACUAAGUUUUGAGGGAUAAAGGUUCAGGGUGGUAUCAUUCAGACAGGCCUUAAUGAUACAGAUUUUUGCAACAUUUCAACUGGCAAUACCUACUCGGCUUUGUAGCAUCCACUCAAGCGAAACCUUGUGAUUGAUCAUGUAAUGUCAGGGUCUUAAAUUACACAUAAACUCCAACAUACAUGAUGCUCAGCUCCAGUCAGAGGGUGUGUUUUCAUCCAUACGUUAUACUAUGUGAUCUGUAUCACAAACAAAACCAUAGAGAGGAUCUCUUUGUCAAGGUAGUUUUCUCAAUAACUAUUACAAUAUUUCUGGAAUUUGAGAACAUUUACAAUUACAAUAUGUGGCUACUUUUGACUUUGACUGUUCAGUUUUUAAAAAAUCAUACAGAGAAUUAAGUGUUUGUUGUGUUUUGGUGUUUCUGUAUGUGAACGGUUGUGGUUAUUUUAGAGUUUUUUUUGUAUGAUUUGUGACCCUGACACUAGUCGAAUGUAUAUUAUAGCGUGCUAUCAACUUUAUUACUGGGAAAUAUGUGGAGCAACUUGUCCCGGUUCGUGUCGGCUGCCGUCCGCCUGAACUUUGUGGAUUAAUUCGACAAACCAACUUUGUUACACAAUAAUGGAUGAUUUUACAGCAUGCACGACUUUGUAAAUGCAGAGGUCAGUGGUAUAAAAUGAAAAUGGAUUGUUUUACCAUGUUUUGAUGAGGAAAACUUGGACCUGAAUAUAUAUUUUUGUUUCUGUGCGUUUGUUGAAAAUACUCAAUGCAGAAUUUAUUUUUUGAACCAUUUGAAGCCAACAGAUGAUAAAUGAAGUUGAACUCUUUAUAUGCUUUUUGUUUCUUAACUAUAUUUCUAAGCUAGAAGGAUCAAGACAUUUUAACCAAACUCUCCAAGACUGCAUGUUAACAAGGAAAGUGUUUAAUGGACAAAUCGUGGCUCCAGUUUAAGAAAAAUGUGACACAAAAGCAAACUAAAACAGCAGGGAGUCACAUUCUCCGCUCCUGAAGGUAGAAACCCUAACGGCUGAAACAUGUAGCCUUAAUUUUUUUUGGAGAUGACAGAUUAAAAACAUGAAGGAACAAUUGGCUGUCAUUAAAAGCAGGGGAGUUUUUAUUUUGCUUGCCUUUCAUUUGGGAUUGUUGUUAUUUUUUAUAAAAUUGGAAACCUUUAUGUUGGGACCUGUAAAACACUGAAAUGUUUUAGUUAAAUUCAUUACACCAUGGAAGAAUGUGGUAGAUAUUGGUUUACAUACAAAGGCAAAACUGAAAUUAUAAUUUAAAUAUAAUUCCCUUAUUUGAAUUGAAAACUCCCUGUAGUCUUAGUUUGUUUUUUUUUGCCUGGCCACUGGUCCUGUUUGCAUUUAUAGAAACAAUAUUUCUUUGAAUAUUGAAAUUUUUCUAUUGGAUUACAAUUAUUUU